GCGUCGGGACGGGACGGGGACGGACGGGACGGCGCCGCUGGCCGGGGCGCGCUGGCCGGAGACUGCUGCCCGGGGGCCGCCGCCGCCGCCGCGCUCGGGACCGCCCCGCAAGCGAACGGGAAGGGAGACGAAGCAGGUUGACUCUGUGCAGGUGUGUGGAUGAGCGGGCGUCCAGAUGGCCUUGUUCAAAUGCUUCUGGACCUGGCAGCCCCCUCGCCUGCUCUUCCGUCAAGUGAAGAGACACCUCGCCUCUCCCAUCCCCGCACACUAUGAAGCCAUCAUCAGGGGAGAGCAGGAAGUGCCGGAGUAUUUCAAUUUUGCAAGUGACGUGGUGGAUAAAUGGGGGCAAGUGGAAAAGGGUGAACACAGACUCCCAGCCUUUUGGUGGGUGAACAAUCAGAAGGAAGAGGUCAAAUGGAGCUUUGAGGAAUUGGGAGUCUUGUCCCGAAAAGCUGCCAAUGUGCUCACUGGCCCAUGCGGUUUGCAAAGAGGUGACCGGAUCAUGAUGGUUCUCCCUCGGGUACCAGAGUGGUGGUUACUACUUCUGGCUUGUAUACGAACAGGGAUCGUUUUCAUUCCAGGAACAUCCCAACUAACCACUAAAGACAUCUCCUACAGACUCCAGGGGUCCAAAGCCAAAUGCAUCGUGGUCAGCGACUUGCUGGCUCCCGCAGUGGAGUCUGCCAUGGCAGAAAGCAAGUCUCUGCAGACCAAGCUGCUGGUGUCAGAGAGCAGCCGAGAGGGUUGGCUGAACUUCAAGGAGCUACUCCAAGUUGCGCCCGUAGACCACGACUGUGUGAAGACCAAGAGCCAAGAGCCAAUGGCCAUCUACUUCACUAGUGGAACCUCCGGAAGUCCAAAAAUGGUGGAACAAUCCCAGUGCAGUUAUGGCAUCGGACUGACAGCUGCUGGCAGGCGCUGCAUGAAUCUGAACACUUCUUCUGUAUUCUGGAAUACGUCGGACACCGGAUGGAUCAAGACAGCUUGGAGCUGUGCGUUUGCUCCGUGGAUGCAUGGAUCGUGCGUCUUCGUACAUCACCUGCCGCAAUUCGACCCCGCAGUCGUACUGAAUACUCUUGCGAGCUACCCCAUCAACGUUUUCUGCACAGCUCCCACUGGAUACCGUAUGUUGGUUCAACAUGAUGUUGCCAGCUACAAGUUCAAGUGCCUGGAGCACUGUGUGACUGGAGGGGAGCCCCUGAACCCUGAAGUGUUUGAGCAAUGGAAGAAGCAAUCAGGGCUGGAAAUCCAUGAAGGAUACGGACAAACUGAAACGGUAGCAAUAUGUACAAAUGUAAAAGGAAUGAAAAUUAAACCAGGUUCAAUGGGAAAGCCGUCUCCACCAUAUGAUGUCCAGAUUAUAGAUGACCAAGGUAAUAUACAGCCUCCAGGAGAAGAAGGUGACAUUGCCAUCCGAAUCAAACCGAAGCGACCAUUUUGUCUCUUCUCAAAAUACGUUGAUAACCCUGAGAAAACAGCAGCCAGUGAGCGUGGGGAUUUUUAUCUCACUGGAGACAGAGCGACCAGAGAUGAAGAAGGCUACUUCUGGUUUGUGGGAAGAUCGGAUGACAUCAUCAAUUCUGCCGGGUACCGCAUUGGCCCCUUCGAAGUGGAAAGCGCCUUGAUUGAACACCCAGCCGUAAUGGAAUCUGCUGUGGUCAGCAGCCCGGAUCCCGUCAGAGGAGAGGUGGUGAAAGCUUUUGUCAUCUUGUCUCCUGCCUUUGAAUCUCAUGACCCAGAAGAGUUAACCAGGGAACUCCAGGAUCAUGUGAAAACUGUGACAGCUCCCUAUAAGUACCCUAGGAAGGUAGAGUUUGUUCAAGAAUUGCCCAAGACAGCUGCUGGAAAAAUUCGAAGGAAUGUAUUAAGGAGCCGAGAAUGGGGGAAAGCCUAGAAUGAGUUGAACACUGGCAAAGGAAGUUAUCUCCUGGCUAUCUGCUGGAAUGGAGUUUUCCCCUCUUGCUCAAUUCCCUAAUCUGUUGUUUACUUCAAGGAGAAAAAUUCACAUAGUCAAGCAGCUUGGAUUGUGCUUACCUACCCCUUUGGGCCAGGUGCUUCCAAAAUUCCCAUCUCACUUUCUCCCUGAUAUAAGGACUAUAGAAUUAUCUUGCUUGCAAAGUGGAAUUUAUGGAAUUGAUGCAUCUACUUUUGUUACCUACCCAGAGAGCCUCAGCUAUCGGGUAGUAUAAAAUGAAAGAAAGAAAUAAUUUCCCACUUUUUAAAAUUCAGCAACAAAAACCCUGAUGACUACAGUAUUAACAACUUUACCACAAUUACAACCUUAAUGCUAAUCUCCCACCAUUUCUAUUUACAGCUAUGCAUUAAGAAGCCAGUAUGUAUCAAUACAUAUUAAAACAAGUAAUUCAUAUUUUACUAUUCUUGAUGUAGCAAAAAAAAAAAAAAAUCUAUCCCAGUACUAGUAGAUUGUACUGCUAAUGCAAUGGUAAUUUCUUCCAUUUUGAUUGUAAUAACUCCAUAUAUCAAUCAUUGACCUAACCUCUCAUUUCUAUACAUGUUUUUGGUAAACUGUGUAUAAUUUUAGACUGCCUUUUUAUCCAGUCUAGCUUAGAAUUCCAAUCAAGUCACACCUUCAGAAAUAAAGACAGCCAUCCUUUCAAACAAGUUUUUCCUAAAGAAAAUUAUAAUAAUUUUGGUUUCAACAUCCUUGACAUGAGCAAAGGCAUAUCUGCCACCUCACGAAAGGUUUUUUUCAAGAGUUGCUUUGUCUUGUAGCUGCAAAGUGCCAAUAAAGACCUGAAUUGCAAA